CAACCGUAGAUAUCAUGAUCCUAAAUGGAUGACAAAGGCUCAGAUUGGAAAGAAACUAGUCAAACGAAUAAUAUACAGGAAACAGAAUUGGAGAAAAAAGAGAAAGAGGACUUGGACAGUGCAACUCCUAACAAUGAAGAAGUUCUCAGUGAUGACAGCUCCUGUGGGGAGCAAAAUAGUGAGCAUUCUGUACACGAUACAAUCACCUCAGUACUCCACAUGCCACUAGUGGGUCCUCAACAGUCAGAGUGCUCUCCUCAAAGCCCUGCCCACUCUCCAAGACCGAUCCUGACUUCUCAGCAGUCCAUUGUCUCAGGACGGUUUACACGGACCUCUUACAUCAGUGGAGAUACUGUCAAUCAUAGCAGUCCCUCUAGACUCAGUCCUGCACAACUUCAUGCUGUUGAAACAGAGGAGGAUAUUAUUGAAAAUAAUGAAUAUGCCAGUUCAGAUACAACUGUUGAUGAUUCUACAGAGUAUGUUGAGAGUGCACAGAUAACUGUUACAUCCUUUGGGGCAAUCUCCACUGACACACAAGACAGUGCCAGAUAUGAUGAUGCCCCAUUUCCUUGUGGAAACAUCCAUUUCUGGAGUGAAGCUCACCAUAUUGAAGAACACACGACCAAGAAGCAUUAUGUGACAGUUUCGGCUGACACUCCCAGUGAGGCUGUGGCCCAUUUUAUGGGGACGUACUGGAAAAUGCGGAGUCCCAAAAUUGUAUUGUCUGUCAUUUCAGGAGUCAAACACUUCAGACCAUGGAAAAAUAACAGACUCAAGGAACAAUUUCAGAAGGGAAUAAUCAAGGCAGCUAACACUACAGAGAUGUGGAUCAUAACAGAUGGGGUAGACACUGCUGUAUCUAAGAUGAUAGGGGAGGCAAUCAAGGAGGAAAGGGCUCGCAGAGAAUGUAAACAAUUACAGCUUAGUCAACUGGCACACUUCAAGGUUCAGCAGUUCCAGAAAUUAACGGUCAUAGGCAUUGUUCCUAAGAAUGUCAUCACCUACUCACAGGAAUUCCAGGGAAAUAAUAAAGAAAUGGGCAUUAAUAUAAAGAAUGUGGGAAUUAUGCCAAAUAGUGACCUUUAUGAACUAAAUCCUGACCACACCCACUUUAUCAUUGUGGAUGAGGAGGACACUGAGCGAAUGUUCUUUACAAACAUUCGAUGUCAGCUGGAACAGCAAUUCCAGUAUAGUGUGGGCAGAAGGAGACGACUAAGGAGACUGUUCAGCUGGGGGUCGGAUGAUCAGCAUGAGUUACCAGAGCCAGCCAUAAAGAAGAUGGUACCUGUGGUAGGUUUGUUAGUACAGGGGUCACCAAGGGGAGUAGAACAUGUGUUGACCUACUUAAAUGAUAAAAUGCCUGUUGUCAUACUAAAGGGAAGUGGAGGAGUGGCUGAUUUGUUGGCCUAUGCUUUUGAGGAGCUUGUAGAAAGGACUGAUCCUGACUUUGAAGAGCAUUUCCUUAAGCCAGAAUUAACAAGAAUGAUCUGUAAAAUUUAUCCUGAAGAUUUUAAAGACAAUGAUAUGGCUCGGACGGAGUUCAGGAACAAAAUCUUGCAAUGUUGUCAUCUAGCCAUAGAGGAUGAACAGAUUUUUUUUACCAUAGUGAACACACAAGGAUGGGAUGCAAAUUUAAAAGAUCUGGAUAAAUACCUCCUCAAAGCCUUGUUUAAUUGUGAAAGGCAGACCAGAGUGAAAUGGAGAGAAAAAAUAUUCAAGGAUUUACAGCUGAUCCUGGAUUGGAAUCGCCCAGACAUGGCUUUAUCAAUGAUCUUUCAUAGAGAUGACUGGGGAAAGGUCAAGGUUGAUAAAAAAUUAUUUGAGCAAGCUCUUCUGAAGUUGGACAGAGAAGAAUUUGUUGAGAUUUUCCUGGACCAGGGCUUUCUCAUUCACAAAUACCUUAACCACAAGAAAUACAAACUUCUGUUUGAGAAGGCCGAAGACAGGGAAUUUUUUGUCAGUGUUUGUCUGGAGAAGGUCCUGGGGCAGAUUGUGGAUAUAGAUCAAGAACUGGAUGCCAACUUUCUGGUGAAUGACCUGAAUCGACUUAUUUUUAAACUGCUAGGACUGGUAGAUUUUGUCCAGCCUUAUGAGAUGUCCAUGAACUCAGUGGGGCUCUAUGUACUAGACCCUGCAGUGGCGGAGAGGAAGGCUUUGAACUGGUUGACAGUCUGGGCAGUUCUUAUGAACAGGCGAAAGCUGGCUAAAGUACUUUGGAACCGCUGUGAUGAACCAAUAGCUUUGGCUCUUAUUUGCAGCAACCUUUACAAAGAACUGGCUAGAAAUUGUACUGAACUUUUUCUACGAACAGAGAUGGAAAGGAAUGCCAAACAGUUUGGAGAUAAAGCGCUGGGUGUUUUAGAUAUUGGGUACAUGGACUCCAGUGAACAGACAUACAGUAUGCUAAGUACCCCUCUCAAAGACUUCAACAACAAGACUUGCAUUGAGAUUGCUCAUGAUGCUGGAUACAUUGGUUUUAUUGCACACCCAUGUUGCCAGAAGUGGUUGACAAGAAAGCUUUUUGGAGCUAUUCAAGUCAAAGAACUUGAUCUAGGCUUUAUAUCACUACCAGACUGGUUUAAGAUUCUUGCAAGUGUUUUCUUCAUCUUUCCUAUUUACGUCUGGAUUGGAUUUGUUCCUAAGGCAAUAAGAUGGAAAAAGAAAAGAGGAAUUACAUUCAAAGGGGAUGCUGAUUCCAGAAUUCUUGACGAUGCUGAAUCCGAGUCUGAGGACGAAGACGAUGAAAAUCUGCCAACAUCUAAAUCUCUACUACAGAAUGAACUGGAGACAUUUAAAAAAAGGAAAAAGCUAACUGUCAGAAGAAGAAUACAACAUGCCUUCCAGAAGCCAGUAGAGAAAGAGUUACCUCUAUGGAAGAAAAUCUACCUGUUGUGGAGUGCUCCCAUUACCACAUUUUGGGUAACUCAGACAAUGUACUUUGCCUUCCUUGGUCUGUUUUGUGUGGCUGUGUUGUGGCCAACCUGUGGGAACUUUUACCUGGACUUGACAUUGUGGUUGUGGACAUCCAUUAUACUGAUAGACUUAGUUCAACGGACCUACAGAAAACAUAUAAAACACAAAGCAGUGCCUCUGCUGAAACCUUGCUGUGAGAUAUUUCUAAUCAUGGUAUUCCUUGUUCUGUAUCUGGUUCUGAGAAUUAUUCCUCACUGGUUUAAUUACACUGAUAUCAUCACCAGCAAAGUUGUCUUGAGCAUAGGUCUUAUCUUCUUCUUCUAUCGUUUGCUGGGGAUUUACCUCCCCAUAUCUACAACUCUAGGACCAAUGCUUGUCAGAAUGAAUCGAAUGAUCAAGUAUGAUUUUGUGGACUUUAUUCGAAUGUUCCUGGUAUUUAUGAUCUCUGGUGGAGUAACUAUACAAGCUAUACUAUACCCCAAUUAUCCACUGGGGAUAGAUCUGAUCAAAAGAGUCUUAACACGCCCACUUUUCGCUAUGUUCCUUACACAGAUUGCAGAUCUAGAUGGAGAUGUAAGCUGUUCACAUCACUAUAAAAAUGUGUCGGAAGGUUUUUGCACAGCAGAUGUAAAUUUCAGAGGAUCCCAUUAUGCUAAUCCAGAAGCUGUAAUAGUUCCCAUUCAGAAAUGCCCAUAUUCCAGUUUGUUUGGUUACCUUAUUACUAUACAGUAUCUGCUGAUCUGUAAACUGGUUCUUGUCACACUGCUGUUUGCCAUGUUUGCGCUAACCAUCACCAAAGUUGAUAAUGAGGCCAGUGAGAUAUGGAAGUUUCAGAGGUAUGCCCUGAUUGUUGACUUUGAGGAGCGACUUAAUCUUCCCCCUCCUUUAGUCAUCAUUAGUUACAUCUGUAUACUUGUAAAGAAGAUCUACAACAAAAUAAUGGGCUGUAAAAGAAACUGUAGCAAUAUCUGCUGUUGUAGAAAGAAAACCAAGGCUGAUGAAGAGAUGAGUCACAAAGUACAGAAGAACCGAAGAUCAGAAGACUAUAACUACUGGAAGAAAUGUUCCAUUGAGUUUCUGCGGACCCAAGAACUCAAGGAGAAAAAGGAGAAAAUGGCAGCACUACAUGCUGAAAUAAUCACCAACCUACAGGAAGACAUGAGAUUACAGAAAAAGAACAUGAAAAGAAUAAGUGACAGAAUUGUGGAGCUGGAGAGAACUCUGGGAACCAGCAGGAUGUACCUAGAAAAUAUCUACCACAAACUAGAUAAACAAGAUGUCCAUGGUAUGGCCAACAGAAAGGGGCAGAUAAUUCAUGUAGCAGCUCGGCAGUCUCCUUACCCAGGCACUUCCAUAGCCAGGUUCCCUGUAUUUGACAAAUACGUACCAUGGGAGACAUCAUAUGAUGUUUAUGAUCCCAAGAUUUAUACCUUAGCCACAGAAAAGUUUUCUGAUGAGGAGAGAAUAUAUGUGGAUCUGGACAUUAUACUAGUGAAGAAACUGAAGGAGGAAUAUGCCAAAAUGACAGAAGAAGAGCUCAUAGGAUUACCUCCCUUACCCUCCAUCCCCAACAUGAAAUGGAAUUCUAUUCUUACUGUGGUUCACCAAACAAAUGGAGGAAGGAAACAGAUCAUUGAUCGUAGAUCCUGGAUCUCUAUGGAUGACCAGCCCUGCAGAUAUCAACUGGACCCCAAUGGACUUCCACUGAAUCCUAUGGGACGAACUGGAAUUAGAGGCAAAGGAAACCUAUGGCGAUGGGGACCAAAUCAUGUGAUAAAGGCAGUGUGUACUCGAUGGAGACAGAAGUACAAUCAGGAUAAUCAGCCUAGUGGUUAUCUGUACGUGGAGGGAAAACGAGUCUUAGAGUUUAUAGCCACUCAGAGAGAUGGUAAUAAUCUUGAGACUGUGUAUGAAUUACCAGGGGGAGUACUUCAUGGUCUAUCCUCUCCUUAUUCUGUUGUCUGCGAGUCUUUCCUGAAAACUGUGUUUGAUGAGAACGAAGUCGAAUCAAAACCAACCCUGGACCAGGGAGAUAUGAUUCAGUUUUUUGCACAGUUUGCUACUCUGAAUGUCAAUGCUAAAACAUCUUUUUCCAUGGGAAAUCCCGAGCUUUCCACCUCUCAGGUAAUAGCUGGUGUUACUGGUUCUCGCACUAGUUCCCGCACCAGUCUGAGAACAGAGGCAGAUUCCCAAGGGUUUUCAGCCUCCUUGUUAUACAAGGGUUAUCUGGAUGAUCCACGUAAUACAGAUAAUGCCUGGAUGGAGGCAGAAGUCUGGAAUUUUCAUUAUGACCUAGGAGAUAACUUUGAAUUGAGAAUGUCAGAGGAAAAUGGUACAACUUGGAAGGAAGUCCUGCCAAAUGUGAAGUUGUUUGGUAAUGAAGGUGCCAUAAUUCAGGAGGCUGCAAGAAUCCAGGAUGCAUACUGUUAAGCCUCCAUGUGAAGAAUGGAGGAAAAUGUGGCCAUAAAUUUUAAAAACAUGUAUUUGCAUAAUAUUUAAUUGUAUAUGCUUUCAUAUCUCAGAGAUUUGCUAGUUCUUAAAAGUGGUUA